ACAAUUUCAAUAAUGCAUCAAUUCCCAACCACUCGAAACCUAUGACAAGUAAAAAUAAAAUCCCGUCAGUCCAGGAACUCGGCGGGGAACUCCAAAAAUACCCCUUAAAAAGGGAAAAGCCAGUGCCAGACUGAAAGCCGCCUGCCAUUCAUUAAAACCCAAUUUAGAAUGUUUUUUUCUCAAUACCCCAGUGUGCACAUACUUGGACUUUCCCACUUACUCAAUCCAUACUGCUGUCCCUCCAUACUGUUUGGAAUUAACGUAAAAACAAUUCACUUCUGCGUCACAAAUUGAAUCAGUGAUUCAAAAGAAAUCCCGGAAGCCGCGCGCCAACAAUAAAAUCAAAUCGAAAGUAACAACAACAUGAAAACCCCCCAGCAAAAUUGUUCAACUCAAUAAUUCUUGGAUUAACGUAUCAAUUUUCCGAGUAAACGAGAAGCUGGUGAGUAUGACUCACAGCUCAUAAUAAUAUGUACACAAGUGCAAUUGCCAUCGACAUUUGAAAUCACGUAUUAAAAGAGUACUUGGCGGUGGCGCGCGAACGCUUGAGUCACUAUUUUAUGAAUAAUCAUCUGAGAUACUCCUUUGUCUGAAUGACACAUGCGUACAAAUUAAUGAGAGAAAGCAUAAAUAAUAAAUGAAUGAAAACAAUUGAUAAAUGAUAAUAAUAAAUAGAGAAGCGAACAAUUGGUUGUGUAAUGAAUGAGGUAUUUGUGCUUACGUAGUGUGUAAUUGAGGAAAAUCCCAUGAACGAAUGAAAAUGAAUGUUCACAUUCACUUGAACUUUCACAAUACAACCAGAUACAACUGGUGAGGAAUGAGUUGAGUCCAGACUACGCAGCGAGCGGAUAAAAACUGAUGAAGAAGGCGCCGCUGUGACUGGUGUAUCCCAUUGCCUCCUCCAGUGUACUUUAGACGGCAGUCUGCCAUUUGUCGUAGCCCUCGGUAUCUUAAGGCCUCACCCACGUGCCACACACCAACUUCAAUCCUAACAUUGCGUGGGGUCCGUCUGUAAUGACUCACAGCAUCACGAUUCUCAACUAUUUUCGCACGAUACCGAUAAGACCCUUUUGACGUUUUAUCGGGAAAAUUAUCUAGAGAUGGGAGAUACCUCGGUGUGAAUUUUCUGCGAUGAAAAAAUGCUGGAGAUUCAUUGAGGUUUCUAGGUCGACAUUCCAGAGGAUCAUGUUCGAUAACCCUCGAGAUGCUCCGGUGUGCCGUCGAGGAGCUCGAGAAGAGGAGGGCAUUGGUCAGCUCGAAAAUGAUCGGCGAUCAUUUGAAGCGAUUCUAUCCUAUUGAACAAAAUCCCGAUGAUCUGAAGAUCGAGCUGAAGGACAUGCUCGAUCAUGCGGUUUCCAUUGGCAUCCUGUCGAGAUUUCGCAAGGACACGUACUGCACAUCGACAUUUAGACAAGAGGCGUAUAAUUACAAGACCGAUUUUUCUGCAUUUUGGGAGAGAUAUUACAAAAAAAGACCUGGACGUCGUUUGAGAUCGACAAGAUUGGUUUCCAGAGGAAGAACCUCACCCUCGUACACGAAUUCCAGCGAGGAAGAGAGUGAUUCCGAUUCCUACUGAAGAAAUUCAAAAAAAAACUCAUCCAUUGAAAUUUAAAUCCCCGAUUACUUCCCGUUGAUAAGCGAAAAACCUCUCUUUCCACUGGCCAGUAAAAAUCGAUAGCAACACACGUCAGAAUUAAUUCAAAUCCAUCUGCCCCAAUAAUUUUCCACAAUAGCCCUCAAUCGACUCCACCAAAAUCCCCAUAAAUUUGUAAUUCAGAUUUCUGUUAUUUCCAUUAUCUCAUGCGCAACGUUUCAAACAUUUCACCACUGAACAUAAAUAAAAAACACUCACUUGCAAAGUCAGUCUAAUCCCCAAUAUGGGAUUACGUUUUCUUGAAGUUUGAAGACCUUUUACUUUUAAUUUCUCCUAAGGCUUCAUUCCUCAUUACCGAAGAAAAUUCACGAGGAAAAUCCGCUGUCUUGAAAAAAACAACUCUAAACCUAAACCUAAAAUUCAU